AUGUUGGCUGCUAAUGAUACCCUCAGUAACAUCUUGGGCUGGGUGUCUAUUGCAUGCUGGAUCGUCGUCUACUCGCCUCAGAUAUACGAGAACUACUCGCUGCAAUCUGGAGAAGGCCUUAGCGUUGCAUUCGUCGUGGUCUGGCUGCUUGGAGAUUUAUGCAACCUGGUUGGCUCUGCAGUAGCGGGAUUACUACCGACUGUGAUCAUCGUAGCCGCAUAUUACACGUUAUGCGAUUCAAUCCUCCUGCUUCAGAUUUAUUACUACCGGUGGAAGAAAUCCAGCAGGUUGACAUCUUCCGAUGAGCGUGCCCCCUUGCUCGCCACUGUGAACGCGGAGGAUGUAGGCUUGCAACAAGAGCAGGUCAUGCCUGCCAAGGCGCUCGCCAUUCGUUAUGCUAGCGCCUCGUUGUUUGUCUGUGCCGCCGGUGUGACUGCAUGGUGGAUUAGCAGCAUUACGACUUCUGAUGAAGAAAUACCACAACACCCUCGGAAGGCCUUAAGGUGGGAAAUCCAAGCGAUUGGAUGGACCAGCGCUAUGCUUUACCUUGGUGCUCGAUUGCCACAGAUUCUCAAAAACUUUAAAACAAGAUGCGCUGGACUCUCGCCUGCCCUCUUUUUAUUUGCCAUACUGGGAAAUGGUACAUACGGUUUAUCGAUCUGUGCGAAGAGCAUGGAUAGAAGAUAUCUGAUUACGAACGCCAGUUGGCUCGCGGGGAGUAUAUUAACGAUAUUAUUGGAUGUCAUCGUCUUGUGUAAGUUUUCUCUCGUUCCGAAUGCAUCGAUAUCGGACAUUGAUCAACCCUCGCCAGUCGUAUAUAUAUUUCGUGAUCCCCUUCGCCGGGGUCUAUUCCAGCUAGCGCAGCCCUCGUCGUCCCAGAUGACUACUUUGCCCCCUCGCGCGUAUGCCAGCACGUUUGCCUACAAUGCACCCUACAGCCCCCUACUCCCAGCCCGUGAUCCGCCUUUACCCGUCUUUACCGGCUACUCGCCCCGAAGUGCCAAUGCCUCCAUCCCCCGACUUCGUGAGGCCAUCCUUACCCUGGACUCAAAGAUGGCACAAUUAAUGGAUCAACGGCACGAGCUUGAAUCACAUCUGGAGCGUGCUGUUCGUCUGCAGUCUCCUGUCCUCCGUCUUCCCAGCGAGCUGUUAUCCUCGAUAUUCAUUAAAGGUGUUUUGGGCAUGGGGGAUGAGAAUCCGAUAAUGGUCUCAACGUUGAUGCUGGUAUGCCAUUAUUGGGCUGACGUCGCACUAAAUACGCCAGUUCUGUGGGCUAGCAUCGCAGUAAGCCCGCUUGAUUCCCUUGCCAAAGCACGACGCAGAUUAUCAAGAUCCAAAUCAUGCCCAAUCGAUGUCAUCAUCAACUUUGGUCCCCGUUUCGAGUACAAGAACAGCACCGUGACGGAGCAUGUCAUACACGCCAUGGAUUUAAUUCGCCCCGCGCUCUGGCGUACGAAAUCACUGCAAUUGAGUGUCCCAAGUCGAUCACAAGCCCAUAUGGCUCUUUUGCGAUGUCAAGAAGAUGCGCCACUUCUCGAGACGCUCUCAAUACGAGUAUUCCACGCCAUGCAGGAGGAUCACUAUUCAAAUCCACCUCUACCGCUCUUCAAUGGAGUCACCCCGCGUCUCCGGUCGUGUUCGUUCUCCUCCUUCAAUUUUGGCUGGGACUACAGGCUAUUAAAUCGGCUUACCGUGCUCAAGCUCGAUGGCUAUUUCAACGGACUCUCACCUUCCUCGAGUACCCUUUUGGGCGUUCUACGACAAUGUCCAGAUCUUGAGGAACUCUCCCUGCGGAACUUGACCGAUAGCGAUGUAGACGGAUGUGGCCACCAUCUCGGCGAUGACAUUGCUCCGGCAACGAGGCCCAUCCACCUUCCUAGAUUAAUCAAAGCAGCGUUUUACUACUCUGGCGCGGUCCUAAGCCGGGAGAUUAUAGGCAUGAUAUCGUUUCCGGCAUUGGAAUCGUUGGAACUCUGCUAUCUUGAAAACAUCACGCCAAUCAUCCAACUCCUCCACAAUCAAUCCCUCACACGACUGGUGUUGCGGUAUCUACGGGUUGAAUCAUGUUUGAUCAACGAAAUGAAGUUUGUCAACCUUCUACGACGGCUUCAAUCCCUUCGCUCCUUGGAGCUGGUGGACGUGGAGGACGUAACGUCGGGCUUCCUGAAGGCGUUGUCUUCCUCCCAGCCUUGGAGUUGCGCGAAACUCGAGUCGCUAUCUUUGGACGGGUGUACGAACUUUGAUUGGGAAUCCCUGCGUACCUUCGUGGAAUCUCGGCUUCCAGCAAAUUCUACGGCAUAUGCCCACGCCCGUCACCGGUCCUCGAACGGCCUUUCAUCAUCGGCUUCGGCGGCUGCAGCUGCCUAUGCCCAUGCGCAGGCGCUUCAACAUCGGCUUGCCCAUAGACCCUCAGGCAUGCUAGGCCCAUCGCGUUUGUCUCUGAUCGAUGUAACGCGCUGUAGUCAGAUAAGUAAAGAAAUGGUUCAAUGGUUGAGGAUGUAUGUUGCUGAUGUGCGAUGCGAACCGGCGAAAGGUAUAUGGGGUGAACCCAUGUCUCCUUAA